AUGCGGAUGGACGUCAAAUACAACAAAUUACCAACCCGUUGCAUUGCACCAUACGGAGCCCAACCCCUGCCAUCCUACGCAGCUUUCAAGCUCCAUUUAAACGAAACUAUCCAAAGUCUCCAAAUGUGGUCGCCACUUCAGCGUCUUAAGACGUACAUGACCAAACCGUCUCGCAUAAUUAAUCGUUGUCCCACCCGAUCUCUAAAGGGCAACUUCAAAUCGGCAGUAUCCCACCUAGUUUGCUGUGGGCUAACAAGCCUAGAACCAGAACCCCACCAUGAGCCUACCAGAUCAACUUCCACCACGUAUGCCAUCGUGUUUGGCUACCGUGGAGACAUGUUUUCGGAGUUGGUUUGGGAAGGCGGUUGGUUGGCGAUGCGCUUUACAGCCAACCCUGGAGCGCCAUUGGCCUUCCACCAUUUCACAUCGCACUUCUCCCGGUUUUAUCGAACUCCGAGCGAAUCCUCGAUACCAUUCAAAAAUACCCCAAACAAUACUGGGACAUACGUUCUAGGGCCUGUGCUUCAAAUUCCGAAAUUCGUAAUACACGUCAUGACCACCCUAUACGGUUAUCGACUUUGUCUCCCCAUAUACAUAUGUCUGAAAGAAAUGUAG